UGAUAAAAGGAGACUCUGUUGUAGUAUUAACUUAUUAGUUGCAGUGAUUCUGUGAGAAUGAGCGAGAAACGCAAGACUGUGGUGAUCGAGGACGGUGGGAAGAAACCGCGCAAGGAUCGGUUCCCGACUAUAGUGGCCUUCAUAAUAUUGGCGGAGUUUUGUGAAAGGUUCUCGUACUCGGGCAUGCGAGCUUUCCUCACACUGUACCUGCGCAGCAAGCUCGGUUACACAGACGAUGGAGCUACAGAAACGUAUCAUAUUUUCAGCACAUUAGUGUACGUUUUUCCUUUCGUGGGUGGGAUUGUGGCCGACAACUAUUUGGGAAAAUACAGGACAAUUUUAUACAUGAUGUUUGUGUACGCGGCAGGCAAUGCCCUUGUUGCUAUCACCGCUAUACCCCAGCUGGGACUGCCUGCAAGACUGUGCACCCUGCUAGGUCUUUUCAUGAUCACAGUUGGCACUGGGGGCAUAAAACCCUGCGUCACUGCCUUCGGAGGUGACCAGUUCAAACUGCCAGAACAAGAGAACCACCUGGCCUUGUACUUCAGUAUAUUAUACUUUAAUUUGUGUAUGGGCAGCUUGAUAGCGAAGACAAUAUCACCUAUAUUGAGGUCUGAAGUUCACUGCUUUGGGGAGAAAGACUGUUAUUCCUUGGCGUUUGGUGCUCCGGGGCUGAUCGUUCUGGUGUCUGUUGUAAUUUUCGUGAGUGCCAAAAGUCGAUACGUGCUGAAAAAGCCUGAGGGAAACGUCGUAUUGGAUUUUACGAGCUGUGUAGCCCUCGGUAUCAGGAACACUCUGAUCGGAAGCAGCAAGAGAGAGAAGGGUAGUCAUUGGUUAGACACCACAGAGCACAAGUAUGACACGCGGUUCAUCAAGGACAUCAAGAAGACGUUGUCUAUUCUCACGCUGUUCUCGGUGUUGCCAGUGUUCUGGGCUUUGUUGGAUCAAAUGGGCUCGCGGUGGACGCUGCAGGCUGCCAAGAUGGACGGCCGCCUCGGGUACAUAACGAUCAAGCCAGACCAGAUGCAAGUGCUCAACCCUAUAGGCAUACUGAUACUCAUCCCUUUGGCGCAAAAGUAUAUUUAUCCGUACUUAGAAAAAAGAAAUAUCCUGAAGAAUCCCCUCCAUAAGUUGACACUGGGCGGAGUGUUGGCUGGCUUGGCAUUUAUUGCCUCUGGUGUAGUUGAAAUAUAUCUUAGGACCACUUACCCCCACCUUCCCCACCAAGGCUACUCCCAACUACGGAUCUUGAACGGCAACAAUUGUUCAGUCUCCCUUCACAGCGUCCCAUACAAUAUUACAUACACUCUACCCCCGCUAUCUCAAUUCACAAAACGGGACAUCAAAAUAAACAACACAGAAUACAUUAGCAUAGAACUGGGAGGUAGUUGCAUAGAGCCUAAGAAGGAGAUGUUCCUUCUAGAAGAGAAUAAAGCUGUAUCGUUCUUUUUGGAUGGAAACUCUGUGCACAGAUUUGAGGACAACGUUGAUAAAAGUAGAUCCGGACUGCCUGUGGUUCGGUUUCUCCUAACAAGCCGGGUCCUACAAAACGUGACGCUGAUCAAAGGGAAUAUGGUAGAGUCCCACAUUAGUGGGAGAGUGUCCUCACAAAUGGAGGUUUUCUCGGGAAAAUAUGACUUAUUCGCGGGCAACGACUUCGUGGACAGUGGGAUUGAAAUGCUCAGCGGUGGGGUAUACACCAUAUUGGUCGAUAAGGGGCGGAGUCAAUACAAAUCAUCAUUUUUAGUGCUGACCGAAGCAAACUCAAUAUCUAUGGCCUUUCUGUUGCCACAAUUCCUGAUCAUGUCUACAGCUGAGGUGUUGUUCGCGGUAACGGGCAAUGAAUUCGCGUUCAAAGAGGCACCAGACAGCAUGAAAGCAGUGAUGUCAGCUGUAUGGAUGCUGACCAACGCCGUCGGCAACGUCAUCAUCAUCGGCGUCACAAGGAUGCUGGCUGGUUACCGACAGGACAGCCAAUUCUUCUUCUACACGGGGCUGAUGUUCGUAUCGAUAUCGGUCUUCCACUGGAUGUCUCGAGGGUACAAGUUCAGGCACGAAGACGAGCCUGCAAGGAAGGAACGUAGGAGUAACAGUGAGAUUCUGUAUCUGCAGGUCAAGCAAGCUGAAGACUGUUUAGAUCAUUAGUAUUAAUGAAACUGGACAUU